AUGACUAAAGUUAAAAAGUACCCUGCUGCUGUUGUUUUUGACUUGGACUAUACAGUGUGGCCCCGAUAUGCAGAUUGGAAUGUUCAACCUCCUUUGAAGGCAGUAGGUAAGAAUAGCAUCAAAGACAGAUCUGGCUCUGUAUUUCUGGUAUUUGAUGAUGUUCCUGCUAUCUUUAAAGAGUUGAAAAGUGCAGGUAUACCCAUGAUUGCAGCUAGUAAAACCGCUGCUCCUCAUAUCGCCUCAAAGAUGUUAACUCUAUUACAUAUCGAUGGGGUGCCUUUAAUUGAUUUUUUCGAUAAUAUUCAAUGGGGAACACAUACUAAGAAACUUCAUAUAUCAAGAGCAGCCAAAGCAUUAGGGUUAGAGAAAGAAUUGAAUAAUGGUCAUUUUGUUCUAUUCGAUGAUGAAUACCACUCUAAUAUAGAUGUCACAGAGAUUGGAUGUUAUUUUGCUCAUGUUGACGAUUCAGAUUAUGGAUUAUCACAGGCGCUUUUUGAUAGAGAAUUAAGAAAUUGGGCUUUACAAUUAUAA